AAACUGGUAAUUGUCUACUCUAAAUUUUGUUGAUGAUCCGAUACAAAAUAUGUUCAAUGUAAUGUGCCAGCCAGCUGCUAAGGAUAUUCAAAAGCGAUCGUCAUAACAAUUGAAUUUAAGGCCAAAUUGGACUCAUAUGCCAUAAUUAAAAUACAGAAUGUUGAUGUUUACCUACAAAAGAUUUGACAAUGAAAGAAGAUGUCAAGGGACCUGUUCCAAGUAAAGAAAAUAAACUAUCUAAGAGUUACAAAAGACUACGGAAAACGAUUUGAUUAAAUACAGGCUAUGGCCCUCACAGUUCUCACGUCUGUAGCUUUGCCUUUACAUUUCCUGGUCCUUUCCAAUUCCCCCAUCUGAGUAUUAAUCUCGCAACACUAUCGUCCUCUCUCUUACUAAAGGCUCUUAUCUUCUCUUGUUUUCCUUCUAAUACUGGAUAAAAUUGGUGCCUGUUGGUUCUCUAUUUUCCAGCAAUCCUUUCAACAUUAAACAAAUAGCAAAGAAACCCAAUACAUAUAACAUAAUUAUCUUCACCACUAAGUUUAGCCAACUCUUUCAUUUUUAAACCAAGAAACUACUCAACACAGACAUGAAAGAAGAGCAACAGCCUUUCCAUCAUCAACACGGGAGCAAGAAAACAAGUUUCUCUCUCAAGUUCUUUCAUUCUCCCGUGGCGUAUGUUAUCCUGUUUCUGCUAGCCUAUGCCUUGGGUUACUUAUCAGCCCCAUCCCCCAGCUUCCCUCCACCAUCAUCUCCGGAGCCUGCCAUCACUAUCUUUGGAAUCGCCAACAGCAUCCCCACCCAACUCGACAACUUUCGAGUUACGACUCAUUGCGCUAAGCGGGUCUCCUCUAGACUCGUCCGUCAAACGAUUAUUGACCGAAUUUAUAACGCCACCUCGCCUUAUGACAAUUUCCCCCCUGCGCACGUUAGAAGUCUCCUUCGCAUCAAAAGAUUAAAGGGAUGGGGAUCCUACGGUGCCGUUUUCGAAAACCUCAUCCGAAAAGUGAAGCCUAAGGUGAUCAUAGAGGUUGGUACUUUCUUGGGCGCGUCGGCUCUCCACAUGGCCGAGUUGACACGUAAACUCGGACUGAACUCGCAAAUUCUUUGUAUUGACGAUUUUCGAGGGUGGCCAGGGUUUCGUGACCGGUUCAAGUACAUUGACAUAGUAAACGGUGACGUCAUGCUGCUGUAUCAGUUCAUGCAAAAUGUAAUUUACAUGAAUGCCAGCAAAACGGUUUUACCGGUGCCGUUUUCAAGUGGGUCUGCUCUGGAGAAACUGUGCGAGUGGGGCGUGUAUGGAGACUUAAUUGAGAUAGACGCGGGUCAUGAUUUUAACUCGGCUUGGGCGGAUAUAAACCGAGCAUAUCGGAUCUUGAGACCCGGUGGGAUAAUAUUUGGACAUGAUUAUUUUACCGCCGCUGAUAAUAGAGGAGUAAGAAGAGCAGUGAAUUUGUUUGCUCAAAUGAAUGGGCUUGAAAUCCAAACGAAUGGUCAACAUUGGGUGAUCGAUUCCGCACAAGCUCCUUCCAAUUAAUUAAUUACGUAAAUUUUUGCUGUCAUGUCAAUACUCACUUUUAUUGCUUUUUUUUUUUCCCAAAAAUUAAUACCCGUCAAAUCUGAAUUUAUAUUUUUAAAUAC